AUGGGUGAAUCUAGACAAGAGCUUCUGGCAUGGCUGAACAGCCUGCUCCAGCUGAACAUCACAAAGAUUGAGCAGUGUGGAACUGGUGCUGCGCUAUGCCAGAUCUUUGAUUCGAUAUUCAUGGAUGUGCCCAUGUCCCGAGUCAAGUUCAAUGUGAACAGUGAAUACGCAUACCUCAACAAUUUCAAAGUCCUGCAGAACGUCUUCACCCGUCACCAGAUUGUCAAGCCCAUCCCCGUCGAGUCCUUGACCAAGUGCCGCAUGCAGGAUAACUUGGAAUUCCUUCAGUGGGUGAAGAAAUACUGGGAUCAGCACUAUCCCGGCGGUGACUACGAUGCUGUCGGCCGUCGGAAGGCUUCUGGUGCCCCUGCCGGCGCAGCUCCCGCAGCUGCGCCUCGGGCAUCGUCAUCCAGCUCUCGUCGGGGUGUGACGCCCACUACAAGUGCUGCUCGGGCUCCUCGGGCGGCUGCUGGCGCCGGCGGUGGUGCCAUGACUGCCGCUCUUCAGCAAGAGAUCGCCACGCAGAAGGAAGCUAUCGCUGGUCUUGAGAAGGAGCGCGACUUUUACUUUGCCAAGUUGCGCGACAUUGAGCUUCUUUUGCAGACCGCUAUUGAGGAGAACCCCGAGAUUGAGAAGGAGGAGGAUACACUAGUGAAGCACAUUCAGGGUAUUCUUUACUCGACCGAGGACGGAUUUGAAAUUCCCGCGGAGGAUGAGGAGGCUGCGGGCGAAGAGCUGGAGACAUUCUAA